UCUCACUCUGUGGGCCUCACGCAGCUCCAGACCCCCGGUACUGCAACACCCCUCUUCCAGAGCUGAAGCAAAACCCGAGAAAGCAAACGGAAAGAACAACAGUCGCCUAAUUCUAUACUCCUCAUCCAUCUGAACGGGGACUGACGGUCGCCGAUUACCUACUAUCCCAAUUCACGAGAGACGGAAACCCUUUGCCGACAUCAGAAAACACCAAAGAGAUGGCGUUCUGGGGUCACAUCGCGGAAUGGGGCGCGAGCACCGUUGCCCCAGCUGUGAUUGGUCUUGCGAUGAACGCCAAAGAACAUGCCGAGCAGGUUGGCGGCCAGGCUGCGGAAUGGGCAGCUGAGGAGUUUGCUCCUCGUGCGGUCGGCCUUGCGAUGGAAGCGCAGAAGCAUGCUGAGCAGGUUGCGGAAUGGGGUGCAAAGGAGGUUGCUCCUCGUGCUGUCGGUCUGGCAAUGGAGGCACAGAAGCAUGCUGAGCACGUGGCUCCCGCUGUGGUCGGCCUUGCCAUGAACGCCAAACAACAUGCCGAAGAGAUAUCUGGCCAUGUUGUUGAAUGGGGCGCCCAGGAAGUUGCUCCUCGUGCUGUCGGUCUUGCAAUGGAAGCACAGAAGCAUGCUGAGCAGGUGGCUCCCGCUGUCGUUGGCCUUGCCAUGAACACCAAGGAUCAUGCCGAGCAGAUCUCCGGAGUUGUCGCCCACUGGAGUACCCACCACUUCGUUCCUGCUGCCAGCGGAUUAGCUCACAACGCUGCGGAAGUUACAAAGAACGUGGAACAGCAUUAUGAGCAGGCCUCCCCAGCCGAACGAUGGAUCACACGUGUAAUAGUCACCGCUAGCCUGACUGUGGUCGCCGAAGGUUUUGGUAUACCACUUCCCAAGUUGCUCAUCGGUCCCAUCCUUGAUGCUGCUGGCUUGAGUACCGGUAAAGCUGCCGAUGGUCUGACUGCAGAAUCAGGCGCUGCUCAGGCAUCGCAGCCACGUUCAGUUGUGGCAUCUUUGGGCCCUGGCGCUGGGGCAACCCGGAAAGAAAAGGGAAACGGCGCGAUCGGUACCUUGAUGACAAUCGCAGCGUAUGCACUUGCUCUUGAGAACAUUGUCGGGUUUAUGGCAUGGUUAUAGCUGAGUGAAUUCUGAAGGAGGAAUUAUGUAAAGGUUGGCAGGCACUUCCAUUUACAAUUGCCGUCUCGGCCCUUCCAAUUUCCCCCGCUAUUAACUUCAAGACAUGAGACAGUCGGUUUUUUUUUUUUUUUUUUUUUCUUUUUUUCUUUUUUUUUUUCUUUUUUUUU